ACGGCCAUCCGGGUACUUUGCCCUUUAAUGUGCGUUACACCCCUUUUUGGGGGAAAACAAACAGAAUGUAUCAUUAACUUACAUGAAACAUCGGCUAGCUUUAAUUAACAUCGUCCAUGCUUCACAACACGUUUUCAACAUGUUGAGCGUGAACAAGGCUAGUCUACACUCCCUACCUUUCGUUUAUGCUUUCCCAACACCACCAAUUGACUUGCAUUGGCUUAUCUCCCAAUGUUUUCUUGCAAAAAGGGGCAUAACGCACACGUCACGCCGUUUAUACGUACAUGGCAUGUUCAACUGCUCUUCAAAUGAAUUUAUGUAAUGUCACCUCAAAGAUUUGUGAUUUCCUAUCUUUGUGGUGGUGUGUAGACAUUAAGUUCUCUAUGAAAGCCAUGUAAAAAUUCAAUCUAAAAAUGUAAUCGAUCCUAAUGAAGUUAUGACGAAUUUAUACAUCCAUCCAAGUCAAAAGAGUCACAAAAUGCUGUAGAAAAAGAAUUGUAACAUUGUCAGAAAGGAGAAAAAGCAAAAAAACAAAAAACAAAGCUGAAUGUUUGAUUUCAUAGGCCCUCUGCACAGAGAAGCCUUUUAGCAGCUGGUUUGACAUUUUAUGCAAAUCUGCAUGCCAUGGCAUACAAAAAGGUUCCACUCCAGCUUGAUGUUGUAGUUCAGCACACAGGGGUAGUGGUGGACAUCAGCACUGUUGUGUCUGCGUUGUCUGUCUGUAGACGUAGGUCCGUGCGUUGUGUGUAGACGUACUGUAGGUCGGUGCGUUGUGUGUAGCUGAAGUCGUGUGCGUUGUGAGUAGACACAGGUGUGUACAGUACGUGUUCAUUUCAUGUCUACAUCUGGCAGCAGGAUGGCCUGCAUCCCUAGCCAGCAGCUUUGGCAGCCCACCGCGAGACACCUUGGCUUGGCAUGUGUGCCCCCACCUACCAAUCACCCCAUCUGCAGGAUGUGCGAGCCCAGCCCUCCCGUGUUGCGUCCCUACGCCAGUGAUGUGACCAUGGUGGGAGUCAGCAUUAAGCAGGAGGAGGAGGAGUCCAGUGGAGGAGGAGGAGGAGGAGGAGGUGGAAGUGGAAGUGUGGACGAGGGGAGGGAGCCGCAGCGCUCGUCGCCCGUGGAGCGCUGGUCCUCUCCGCUGGCCAUGGAAAGGGCAGACGAGAAGACGUCACCCCCCAGCCGCCUUCCCACUUCUCAAGAGUGCUCUCCGCUGAGGGAGCAGGAGCAGAGUCUCAACAGGAGCUUUGAGCGGCAGGACGUCCAGCCCAAUGGCAGCGAAGGGAUGCCAGUGAUUGAGAAGCUGUUGAGCUGUGACUGGAGGGAGAAGCUGCUGGAGAAGAGCUCCCCUGGAGGCAGCAGUCUGAGAGGUACGCCGGAGAGCCUGGCGGAGAAGGAGCUGCAGCUGCAGAUGAUGAUCCAGCAGCUGUCGGGGCUGAGGGAGCAGCUGCUGGGGGCCCACUCAGAGCAGAGGAACAUGGCCGCCCUGCUGCUGGAGAAACAGCAGCAGCAGAUGGAGCUGGCCAGACAACAGCAGGAGCAGAUUGCCAAGCAGCAACAGCAGCUGAUUCAGCAGCAGCACAAAAUCAACCUCCUGCAACAGCAGAUACAGCAGGUGAAUAUGCCGUAUGUGAUGAUCCCGGCGUUCCAUCCCAGUGCCCAGCAGCUGCCCCUCACCUCUGAGGCACAGAUGGGCCUGCCCAUACAGCCCAUACCCUGCAAGCCAGUGGAGUAUUCCAUGCCUCUUCUCCCGAGUCCUCACACCCCCUCCCUGAAGAGGUCCAGUGGCACAGCAUUUCGACAGGAGAGCACUCAGCCUCUGAACCUGACGGCCAAGCCCAAGGGUCUGGAGGUGGGCAAGACCCCAAGUCCCCAGGCCCUAGAGAUGGCCACUGCCCACCUGCAGGGCGGCUACCGGCACCGGGAGCUCCCCAGUCCCCAACGCCCCCCACUCAGCCUCAGCUUCCUGGGAGAGGGGGAUGUGGUGACCCAGGCGAUCCAGGAGGCGCAGCAGCUGCUGAGGGGUCAGAGAGAGAGGGAUAGAGAUCGGGAGAGGGAGAGGGAGCGAGACGCCUCCAACAGGCCGGGCGAUUACAAGGAGGGGUCGCGGGGUGAGCGCCUGACCCCGUCUGAGCGCGGCGAGGAGCGACAGGUGCUGAGGGGGGCCGAGGACCUCAUCUGCAGCGACUCUGAAGGGCCGAUGUCCAUGGGGCUGGGGGAUAGUCGCGCGACCCCCUCGGGCCACAUCAAGCGGCCCAUGAACGCCUUCAUGGUGUGGGCCAAGGACGAGCGCCGACGCAUCCUGCAGGCCUACCCAGACAUGCACAACUCCAGUAUCAGCAAGAUCCUGGGCACGCGGUGGAAGUCCAUGUCCAACCAGGAGAAGCAGCCGUAUUACGAGGAGCAGGCGCGGCUGAGCCGGCAGCACCUGGAGCGCUACCCGGACUACAAGUACAAGCCGCGGCCCAAGAGGACCUGCAUCGUGGAGGGCCGCCGCCUGCGUGUGGCCGAAUACAAGGCCAUGAUGAAGAGCCGACGCCAGGACCAGCACCGCUCGGGAUACGCCACCAGCCAAUUAGAGCAGCAGCUGCACUACUCCGCGCCACCUGCCGACAGCCAAUACCACGCCACGCCGGUCUCCAUGGCAAUGCCUCUGCACUCAGCCCUGCUGGAGCACUACCUCCCACCACGCAGCCUGGACACAGUCGGGCCGUCGCCGGUCCGAGACCCCGCCGGAAUGGCCGACGGAGCCCCAAGGGGCGGGCCCAGAGAGACGCAGAGACAGCCCUACAGCGAAGGGGACGACAGCGACACAGGGGAGCGCAGCGAAGGAGAACUGGUGGUCCUCACUGACUGAAACCUGCUGGAGGAGUGUGUGUGCGUACAGUGUGUGUGUGUGUGUAUGUGUGUGUGUGUGUGUGUGUGUGUGUUAGAGAGAGAGAGAGAGAGAGAGAGAGAGAGAGAGAGAGA